CAGACUCAAAUCGGGCCGUUAAGGACUGUCGAGAAGUCGGUCACACUUCUCACUGUUGACUCCUCUGCCGACUCACAGGCACGACUCAAGGUAAGCUCACUCGAUCAUGGUGAGGAGCAAUCUGGGCGUGCGACGUAGAAUCGCUCCAAGUCUGGUACGAGGGCUGGUCUUGGAUCGCAAGGUGGAGAGGGACUGAGCGCAAUGAUGUCGCGCCAGGUGAAGAUCGCGGAAGUGGGCCUCGAGCGCGAGGACACGAGGAGUCCAACACUUUUGUCUCUCCCCUUCAUCCAUCCACUCCUCAUCUCGCCGCCUCCUCACUGAGCCGCAGUCCCCGAAUCUGUCAGCUUGAUGGCGCACACUCCAGUGACACCUCAUCUUCGCAGUCGACUGUCCCAUCAGGCCUCUCAUUCGCCGGCGUCGUCGUCGCCGGCUGCGCAGUCACAGCAUCCUGGACGGAUUGUCAAGAAGCUCGUCCUGCGAGGUAAUGCCUUUGGACAAGGAUCACGCUAUGAGCUCUUCCUUCUUGUCACCGUUCCCGCCACUGCGCAUGCAGCCUCAUAUCCACUCUUGCCGGACACCGACGUUAAGCUCCUCUCGUCGUCGGUCGAUGCUCUAUCAAGUACCGGCGGAUAUGCGCCCCUCUCUGAGACAGCGGCCAGAGCAGCUCGUCAUCUAGGCGGCAGGGUGAGCGUCGACUCGUUCGACACGGGCUCACAGCCUCGUAUCACGAUCUCCAACUAUGCUGUCACGUUCAGCACAAUGCCCAAGCAUGCCGCUUCGACACCCUCAACUUCCACUUCGCCUCCACCGGCGCAUACAUUGAGCUACAUGGUCUGCAUUCAGCUCGAAACGCGCUUCAAGACGCAGCCGCCGAGAAGCCCAUACGCUCUGAUCCUUCCAGUGCCACGCUGCUUGCACUCGCGUAUACACUUCACGUUCUCGCCCGAAGUUGUCGACUCAGAAGACGAGGUUGAUGUACGCAUUGAGCCGCCGCUAGGCAAGAAGAGGCCGCCGCCAAAACCUCGACGCUCCUUUGGUGGGGAGGGUAGCGACUCGCUCGACCCCAGCGCAGACGACGACGCGCGGUCGAUGAUCACCCAAAGCAGUGACGAGCAUGCGGAAGAAGGGGAGGAGGAGAAUCUCUGCGUCAAGGGCCUCUUCCAGUCGACGGACCAAGUCUCAAUACGAUGGGCAGGUGCAAGCGCAGGAAAGCUGCAGCGCGACGACAGUCUGGCUGCGAUACGCUGUGACACCAUGCAGCUACAGACAACGAGUCGCUACACGCUGGAUCAGGAUGGCAGAGUCCGCCUGGACGUCCUGAGUGAGGGCGUACUGCGAGGCGUCUACUGCUCGGGCCUCGAUCGCAUCGCUUACCUGCCGCUGGUCCUCGACUCGCACGGUCAAGCGAUAGAGUAUCAAGACAUGACCAUCGAAGACACCAUAGGGCUGCGCAGCUGGCACUUUCUCAACCCAGGAGAUGUACCUGGCAAGCAUCCAGAGCGAUCAGGCAGUAAUAGCACAUUGGCUAGCUUGGCGUCAAGUUCUUCGUCCAUUGACGACACCUCCCUGCUCGAGGGAGAUGACUUGUUGGCCACCAGGCCGCCAAGGGGUUUCGACGCCUCGCUUGACCUCAGCGCCGAGCUGUCCAGGAACAAUGGUAACGGCUCAAAGGCUCUGCCCCCAUUAGGGCCUGACGAAAAGUCACGCGUCAUUCUGUACCUCGAUGUGCCCGAUACCGGCGAGACCUUCUCCUUCACACUGCGCUACCGGUUGCUGAUGGACAUGCAGAACGACGAUCCAGUAGUCUUGCCUACGAUAAAGGCGCCAACAGCUGCAGAACUCAGCACCAGUCAUCACUUGGAGCCACAUGCACAAUCUCCACCCUCUGGCGUGGGUUUUCUCAGGCCGGCGCGCUCAAAGCAAGUACCCGACGCCGUGCAACCAGACACGCUCACCGUCGAGCAUGAGAGCGGCUCUGCCUCGCCUAUGGCCUCACCCUACCUGCACCUCUUCCCUUUGCCCAGUGACGAAGGUCCAUUCGAUAGCUUGGACGGCGAGCAGAACGCAGAUUCUACUCUCCAAGCCGGGGAAGACCCACCAGCAGCGAGCAGUCCACCGCACACUCCUCAAGCUGUGUUCCGCCCAAUGCCCAUUUGGGACGACUCGAUGGUGCUACAUGACGAUGAGACUUCGAGACCGUCAGUGAUUGCCGAGGCGUCGCUGUCCCUCUGGAUGUGUAGUCGGGACGAUGGCGUCGCUGGACAGAACAAGGGUGCACCGGCUCGACCCGCGGGCCUGCGUAGAAUGGUAUGCGACUUACGUUGUAGCUGGCCCUUGGUCAAGAAGGAUGGGCGGCCCUUAGAGGAGAUGGAUCUGUGGCUCCCACGCACUGCUACGAUGCCGUGUGCAUUUGAUGGGGCCGCGGCAAAUGACGAGCCAGACGGGGAAAACAGCUUCGGACGGCGCAGCCGUGAGCCCACUGUGCUGCUGGCGCUGGUGGCUGGGACCGUAGUCGAGCCGCACCGCAGCGAUGCGGCAGAAAAUGUUUGCUUGCAUUUGCGUCGCCCGCCACAGGUAGAUGACAAGUUUUCGACAGCGGCGGAGGUGCGUCUCAUUUUCGAGUAUGAGAGCCUGGAUGGGAGCAGCAUGCCGGUCAACACUGCGCUAUCAACAUUGCCCCUCCCUCUGCCUCUCUUUGCAUCUGAAGUGCUCCUUCUACACGUGAAGGCUGAGCACGACGGAGUCGCCGUAGGCAACCUCGUGGCCCCGAGCUUCGAUAUCGAGGCGAUGCCCAAGCAGCCUCAAGCAGCCAUCUCCACAAGCCAUGCAGCCAUGGAGCUGCAUCGCUUUGUAAUUCCACCUCUCACUCCGCUCGACAUCACAGCUCUCCUCGUCUCGCCGCAAGAGGCGACAAGGAGGAGCAAGAGGAGGAGAAGAAAGAUGAUGCAGCUUCGCGGUGGGUCACCGCAGAGGGGCAGGCGACGGCGUUGGCUCACAUUUGCCGCUGGUGGUGGCGAUGACGAUGAAGACGAGGAAGAGUCUAGCAGCGGCGAAAGAGCGCGAUCCUCCCUCUGGAUGCCCGUUUAUAUGAUGGCGGCACUCUUCGCCCUCUUUGCCAUCGGCGCAGCCCUCAGCGAGGAGCUGCAGUCCAUUCCCGGCAGUCACAUCGUAGCUCGAGCUCGUGGCGGUGCCGACGGUCAAGCUCGUAGAAGGCCCAGCUGGACUGAUUUGGAGAUGCUAGGCCGAAGAGUCGAGCAGCUGGCCAUGGCUGCUAAUGUCGAUUUUGGGGAGGGAACAUGGAAUGCAGAGCAGCCAGGCUCGCAAGACAGGGAAGGGGCUAGCGGACCGACCAUACCGCCUUGGCCGCGGCCAGCCGCCCGCGAGAAUUUCGAGGAUGACAAGGAUGACGAGAGCGACUUGUUGCGAAAGCACGCCUCGCAUCCGACUACGUCCAUCUCACAUCGCCAUCAGCAGCCCUCCCUCGUGACCGUCGCUGGAGUGGUGCUGCGCGUGCUCUGCUCACCGAUCAUAGCUGUUGGGAGGGGAGCCGCUCUUUUGCUGGGACUGGUGGCCAGAGGUGGUGGCGGUGGCGCGAGGUAGGGAGGGAAUGCAAACGGGACGCCGAUUCUGUUAUCACAUUAUCAAAAGAGGUCAAUGACUUCACUCAAUACC